CUUUAUGGUGCUAUAAAUUAGACCUAUAUAGUAGUAGCCUCUUCACUCUUCAACACAACAAAGAAGAAAAAAAUAAAAGCAAAGAGAUAUAUUCAAUAUGGCUGGCUUUUCUAGAGUAGUUGCAAUUGUUCUUCUUAUGUUGAUGCUGGUUUUUGCUACUGGGAUGGUGGCGGAGGCGAGGAUUUGCGAGUCGCAGAGCCACCGGUUCAAGGGAUUGUGCUUCAGUAAGAGAAAUUGUGGUUCCGUUUGCCAUACUGAGGGGUUUAACGGAGGCCACUGCCGUGGAUUCCGUCGCCGUUGCUUUUGCACUCGACACUGUUAAUUAAUUUAAUUAAUUAAAUUAAUUAAUCAAUUAAGCUUUCUUGUAAGAGUUGUUAUUAUUAUGAGUGUUUAGAUAUGUAAUAUGAAUUAAUGUCUUGAAAUAAUAAAAAAAAAUUAACGACCAUUUGAACCUUAAGAAACAGAGUUGUUCUGUUUUCUUGGGAGUUAAUGGUUUGUUAUGGUUAAUGUUGUUGGCUAUUUUUGAUUGUAAACUUCUUUUAUGUACUAAUUGCCUUGCCUUCUUGUGAUAAUUUCUUCUUUUAGUUUUGUUUGGCCAGAUAUAGAGCCAAAAUUUAUAGUUUAUGAGUUAACUUUGUUGUAUGAAUUAGACAUGGGGAUAUUGAAAAUAUAAAUUUAGAUUUGGAGUA